AUGUGCACUGCACAAGUAUUUCACAAUUCUAGAAGUGAAGUGGACGCUUAUCUGAGAGGUGAAAUUCUCAGCGAAAAAUUUCUUACUCUGUUUGGAUCUAGAGAGGAUUUGAUUAACAAAUGUAAAGUUCAAAAGAAGAAAAAGACUAAGAAAAUAAAGAAGACUAAAGAAGGAAAGAAAAAGAGAGAAAAGAGUCCGGAAGAACAAGACAAUGGCAUUGCAUCAGUGGAACUUCCAGGCAAUGCAUCUGUAUUUAAUGUUUAUGCCAGUGUAAGGCAGAUGGUGUUACAGCAAUGUUUACGUGAAACAGCUAAAAUUUAUCGUCAUGCUCACAGUAAUUCUAAUUCUGGUAGUGAUAGUGAGGAAGAGAGUGAAGAAAGAGCUAAAGAUAGUAUCAUCAAAUUACCUAAGAUUGUUGGUUUGGGAUUAAAUGGUGUAUUUGAGUUAAUCCAUGAAACAAGAUCUAAGUACCCAGAAUUAUGUGUGAAAGCUUUAAGAGCAUUGCUAGAUUUAUUACAAGGUCAACACCCUGAGGAGAUGAAGUCAGAGCCUCCUGGAAUUGUUGAGAAUCUGUAUAAUCUAUUGAUGAGUAUAGCCACCGACCAAUCUUCAGUACAAGCUAGAGGAACAAAAGAAGAAGAGACUUCCCUGGCUUGUUCAGCACUGAUUAGUUUAGCUAUCUCACUAGGAGACACUGGGAAAUUAUUGAUGGCUAUUUCAGCUCUAUUGAUGAAUCCACCUUCCAUAGUUCAACAACAAAUUAAGGUACCUGGUAUACUGUCAUCUCUACAGAAAAGUGUUCAAGCGGUAUUAAUUGGUAAAAGUCAACUUCCAGACUGGUUUAAUGAGGGAGUACGUCAAAAAGCACUCACUUCAUCUUUUCAAUUUAAAACUCAAAAGAAAGGUAAAUGUGGUGAAGAGAAUAGUGCUAUAGCUAGUGAUGGUAGUUAUAUAUAUAUUGUAAAUGAUCAUGGUUUAUAUAAAGUUGGUUCUGGAUUCGGUGGUACUAUACAGGGACAUGUAUAUAAUUCAAAAGAAGAUUUUGAUGUUGAAGAAAAUACUUGGCUGGCUUUUGUUAGGAAUAAAUUGUUGUAUCGUGUUGAUAAAUGGGCCUCCACAUCAUUAUGUGUUAUUAAUAAAGAUACUCUAGCUAUAGAGAAAUCUUAUCUACUAGAAUCCUCUAAUAUUGGUCCCAUGGUAUUAUUUAGUGAUGGUGAAAAUGUUGGUAAAAUAGCUCCAGAUAAAGAUGAUUGUUAUGUUGUUAAAAUGUACAGUAUAGAGAAGACACCUCUCACAGUAAUACAUGAAUUACCUCUCAAAUUAACUAGGAAAUGUAUGGAGAUGUUUGGCUGUAAUAAUAUGGACCCAGAGACUGAUCGCAGAUCACUUGUGACUGGUUUUGAUGAAGAUACAGCAAGUGUAGUUGUUGGGAAAGAAUUUAGUUUAAUUAGAACUGUUGGUGGGAAGGUAUUAUACAAUGGUCGAGCUGCGUCAUUAGGUAUUAAACAACCUGUAGCAGUACCACCUAAUAAAUGGACUGAACUACCCAUUACUAAAUCACCUAAAAUAGUACAGAUAUCCAUGGGACACGAUGGCUUACAUGCUCUGAUGGUAGCUGAAGAUGGUAGUUUAUUUUUUGUGGGCACAGCUAAAAGAGGGGAGGAUGGAGAGUCCAGCUUGUCAAAAGGAAGAAGACAACCUAAAGCAGUAAAACCUAAGAAGAUGAUAAAAUUAGAAGGUAAAACUAUAGUGUAUUCAGCCUGUAAUACUGGUAGUAGUGCUGUAGUGUCUAAAGAAGGAGAAGUAUUUAUGUUUGGUAAAGAUACAGCUCAUUGUGACCAUAGUACUGGUCAUGUAACUGAAUUAAAAGAUGUAGUAAUAACACAAAUAGCUCUAGGUAAAGCUCAUGCUGUAGCUCUAUCAAACAAAGGACAGAUUUAUACUUUUGGUAUCAAUAACAAGGGACAAUGUGGUCGAGAUUUCACUCCUGGUGCCUCUAGAGAGGCCAUACCAAGUCAGAAUGUAACAAUGGCCGAGGAAGAGGAAGAAAAUGAUGCAGAAGAACAUCUAUGUCCUGCUGGUAAACAUCGAUGGAAACUUGAUCAAUGUAUGGUAUGUAGUGUAUGUGGUGAAUGUACAGGCUAUGGUGUAACUUGUAUUAACAGUGGUAGAGCUGAUAAAAAUCCUGGCAUGCCAUGUGGAUGUGGGUCUGGUGAUUCAGGGUGUUCAGAAUGUGGAGCCUGUAGAGUUUGUGCUGGAGAGAAACUAGAACUUGAAGAACUAGAUGAACGAGGAUUGCUAGAAGUUUUCUCUAUAGAUAAGGAGCUGGCUUGGAAAUUUUUUGGAGUUGGUGGUGGAAGAAAACCAGAGAGUCAAAUUAGUGGUAGGUUAGAACGAAAGUUUGAAUUAAGACGAGCUCAACAAAGACUGGCUAGAGAGAAACGUAGAGAAGUUGCUCCAGAUCAGGAAUCAGAUUAUACUAAAUUAGUUAGUUUACCACCAGCAGAAGUUACCAUGGAUACAGGAGAUAUACCUGUGGCUCAAAUAGCUUGUGGUCUACAUCAUACAGUAUUAUUACUACAAAAUGGUGAUGUUUAUACAUUUGGUAAUAAUUCUAGUGGACAACUAGGUGUAGGGGAUACUACUAUCAGGGGCAGUCCAACAAAAAUAGAUCUACCAUUUCCAGCUACUCAGAUAGCAGCCGGUGGUACUCAUACAGCAAUACUAUUGUCUAGUGGAGAGGUUUUUACUUGUGGAUCCUAUAGUAAAGGUGCUUUAGGAAGAAUGAGAAGUGAUAUGGCUAAAAGUAAAAUCUAUAACAGUAGUUCAUUAUUUCAUACAGUACCAGGGCCUCUAGUAUCAGUUGGAUCUAAAUAUGGUAGAAGAGCGACAUGGGUUGGAGCCAGUGGUGAUCAGACAUUUAUGAGAAUUGAUGAAUCUUUAAUUAAUCCUCAUACUCUAACAAGAUCUAGUGUCUUUGCCAACUCUACUUCUAUAGGAUUAAUACCACGAGGAAAAGAUCAUCAUGGUAUAAUGAAAUGUUUAAUGAUCAGUAAAGUGGAUGGAAGUUGUAAAAGUUCAUCAGAUCAGGUUGAUCUUAGUCAACAUGCUGUUUGUUUAGAUCCUGUUUAUGAUGUACUCUGGUCAUAUUAUCCACCAACUCAUGACGUGCAGAGUUUUAAUGUUAUAUCUACUGAUGCUAGAGAUUUACGUCUGGUUAAUAGUGGCUAUUGUCAUAUAUUUAAACCAGAGUUGUCAGUUCCUACUAGAAUGGGUUGUAAAGCCACCAGAUCUCAUUGUGCUCUUCAUAUGUUAGGAUGUCUAGACUGUUUAACCAUAGCGCGACAAUUAAAUAUCACUGUCUCAGAAGAAACAAAAGAAAAACAGACCACUAAGAAAAUAUAUUCCAAAGAAGAUUUUUCACUUGUGAACAGAUUUGAGAGUCAUGGUGGAGGUUGGGGUUAUUCCGGACACUCUAUAGAAGCUAUAAAGUUUAUGGUUGAUACAGAUAUAUUGUUAGGAGGGUAUGGGUUAUUUGGUGGACGUGGUGAAUACUUUGGUAGAAUAAAGCUAUUUGAACUGGGAGCUGAUGGUGGUGAAAAAGAAAAUGAAGUGGAUGGAGAACAAUUGGCAGAAACUGAAGAAGUACCUUUUGAAUGUGGACCAAGAGAGAAGCAUGUGAUAUUAUUUGAUGAACCUGUACUAUUACAAGCUAAUAUCUGGUAUGUAGCAUGGUGUAGAAUAUCAGGUCCUAGCAGUGAUUGUGGUUCCAGUGGACAAAGUUCGGUCACCACAGAAGAUCAAGUAACGUUUAAAUUCAAAGGAUCUAAUAAGUCUAAUAAUGGUACUGAUGUAAAUGCUGGACAAAUUCCACAAUUACUAUAUAGGUUAGAAUAUGAUCCAUCCAAAUUGCCAUCUCGAGACAGUCCUAGUGUAAUGCGUAGAACAGAGUUAAUAGAACCAGCACAUAUACUGAGUCAAGAUUUCUCACAUUCUGUAUCUGCUACAUGUUUUGACUCCUUAUUAAAACUCUUAGACUGGGCAUGGAACAUGUUUCAUACAGCUAUAAAAGAUAUGGAGAAUCUAAAAGGAAGUAGUUAUCAGGCUGCAGUAGCUGAUACUCAGAGACUAGUCUAUAUUUGCCGAGCCUGUCUCAGAUUAGUCAAAAUAUAUGUCAAUGAAAUCUAUUCUGAUGGAGUGAAUAAUAAGAAAACGUCUGUUGAAACAAGUCAAUUAGCAGAGAAAAUAGGUGAUGCUAGAGAUAUUUUAAAGAGAAUUCUAGCUGAAGAGAUCAAUACCACUAAAUUUGAAGUCUUUUUAACAGAACCAGAGGGAACUCAGGAAUUUACUGAACAAAGAGAAGAUAUAUUGAAUGAAUGUCAUAUAUCUUUUAGUUCAUGUUUUCAUGCAUUCUAUCCUACUGGUUCUUUAAAAUGGUGGUGUUUAUGUGAUUUAUUGUGUAGAACAGAUCCUAUUCUUGAGAAAAAAACAGAUAAAAAGAAUUUACCAAAUGCUGGAGGUGUUGGCCGACUGCUAGCAGCUGUCAUGGAAGCUAUGUGCCAUCCAGCUAUCAAACUAACCAACAUUAUGCCUAUCAAUUGUGAACCAGAAGCAGAAGAGAUUCUCAGACGACAUUCAACCUGUAUGGAUGAUAAUACGAAUAGUGCUGCUCGUAUGGGAGAGAUGCAUAAAUAUCCUGUAUUAGCUAGUCAUAUGACUUAUAGAAUGGAGAUUGACAGUAUUGGAGGUGGAUGUCACAUUUCAUUUAAAGAAGUGCUUGAUAGGUUGUUAAUGAUUGUUGCUUUCCCUGUACGUCUGGCAUUAAAUAAAGAGGACUAUAAUUUCCCACAAUCCUUAGUAGCCAAUACUUGUGCUCUGUUGUCAACUAUAAUCAGUGAAUUAGCAGCAUCAGCCACUGGCUUUGAAACAGCUGAUCUAUCAACAUCCUCACGUCCAUUGUUAGUAACACCUAAUAGAUUUACUAGAACUAGUAAUGCUCCAUUCUGGAAUACUGGUAAUGGUAGUCCUGAUGCUGUAGCAUUUAGUGUUGACCGGUCUGGUAUUUUGAUAGCUGGUGUAUGUGUAUAUGGAGGAGGAGGAAGUUAUACUUAUGAAGUGGAACUGCUUGAUGAGCAACAAUCAGAAGGUGGAGGAUCUGAUCUAUCUCAUACCCAGAGAUGGAAUACAGUAGAACAGGUGAAAGGUACCUAUGGUCCUGAAGAUUGUGUUAAUGAUAUAGCAGAGAUAAGAUUUGAUAGACCUGUACCUAUCAAGGAAGGAGUGAAAUAUGCUAUAAAGAUUAAGAAUCAUGGUUCACGAACACUAAAUGGAGAUGGUGGUAUGAACAAGGUCAAGUGUUCAGAUGGAACGACCUUCACCUUUACAGCAUGUUCAUUGAGUAGUAAUGGUAGUAAUCAUAUGAGAGGUCAAAUACCACAGAUUUUAUACUACAGUGCUCCACAAGAGGGUGAAAAUCAUCAACAGAGUAGUAAGAAUUUGGCUGAGUUGCAGGCUCGUAAGAAUGCUAUUGAUAUUACUGGUGCUAUCUGUAUUAUAGCUACUGAUUUAUUACAUAGAGCUACUGGUUUAUCAGGUGAUGAUGUGGGAGAAAUUUUAGGAAAAUCCCAUCUUUUUUCGUCAUUAUUACCUUUAACAUUAGCCUAUGUUGGACCUGUAGCUUCACAAGAUCCUAGAGGAGCAGUUCAAGUUUUAUACAUGAUACAAGAUAUCUUACCAGCUGUAGCCACAAUAACUAAACAGUUUGUGAAUCCCAUGAUAAAUUCAUCCUCUACAUUUGAUUCGUCAAUGACAGACCAGGGCACAACAACAACAUCUCAACAUUACGCUAUAGUUCAGAGUGAUCAUCCUUAUAAACCUGCUUCUGUAGCUAACUAUAAGGUUGAGUUUCCUCCAUCAGUGCGUUGGAUAGCAAUAGAGUUUGAUAACCAAUGUUCAACAGCUCAACCAGAAGAUUCAUUACAGCUCUCGGUACCAACUAGUUUAGGAUCUAAAGACUUGACAAUCUCAACUAAAAAUCAGGACGAUCAGUCUAGUAAACCAUCAUAUUGGCCGUUGUUAAAGAAGUUUUCUGGUACAAGCAAUUGGCCCAAACAAGCUGUUAUAUUACCAGGCCAUGAAUUGUUAUUUUCACUGGAAACAGCCUCAGACUAUGUCAAAGAUGAAAAAGCCAGUUUUUAUGGGUUCAAAUGUACUGUUAUUGGGUAUGAGUGGAACAAUAAAGCAGAAGAGAGUAUACUACAAUUGGAGAAAGAACUGACCUAUUUAGGUGGUAUGUGUUCCUCUGCUCUGAUGAAAAAAGAUAUCCUCCUACCACCAUUAUCUGUAGAGGAAACAGAAGAAGAGCUGGAAAGUAUUGAAAUUGGUGCACAAUUA